ACAUUAUGCGUUUUGGACGCAAAAAGCGCUGACGAUCGGAGAAAAAAGCUAAAAAAUAUUCAAAGUGCAACUAUCGAGCCGCGGAAUCAAAUUUCACUUCAAAAAGAGUAAUAUUAGCACCCUAAGGUAGAACGAUAAGUGAAUUACUUGCCCGCUUGUGGACUAGGGAAAGUAUAUUUACCGGUAACACUCGGUUUUCAAUACAAACAACUGCCUCUUGGUUGUUGGUGCCAGUGAACUCAGACCGCUAUCUCCAGUAAGUUGCAUGGACCAUAUUGCCUUGUUAGGUUCCGGAUUUUGCUGCCAUUUGGUGCGUUGUCGGUUCGAAGACAAUCAAAACGAGUCCAUCCGGUUAGGAUUUCACCAAUAGAAUUUAUUGCAAGGAAAUAUAAACAAUAUCCGAACUACCGUGUUUGAUAGAGAAAGAAACGAAAACAAACUUCCGGCAGCGGCAGCGAUGCUAUGCUAAUUAUCAUUCUCAUCGGAACAGUUCAGCUUGGUCGGUUCGUGAGAGGACUUCUGUGGUCGACAGGCGGGCAGCAGGCAGGCGAGGAGAACGGAAACAACUAUUCGGUACGGGAGGUGCAUCGCGUUGGAAGUGCUGUUGAAACACUGCUCGGAAUGGACGGCAAUAAGAUGGGAAACAUCAGUUCCACCAGUACAAAUCCUGGGACUACAAUCGUAUUUAGUAAAGAUAAAAAGCAACAAUGCAUUGAGAUCAGCGGCCAAGAUGUCACCAUUAUCGGUGGAACCGGCAAACAUGACCAUGGAAGUUCCCGGGUCAAAUUGAUGAAUAUCGUCGACUAUAAAUGGGAGCAGAAAAACUAUCCCGGACGGCUGAUUGCCUGCCACAAUGAAGGAAAGCUGAUUGCAUACGCUAUUAAAGUGCCCAGUAGAACGGUUCAGGAAGGGAUGGUCCGCAUAUUGCACUUGGUCAUUGGUCAGCGAGCGCUGAUAAAGGGUAUGAAGAGCGAAGUGCUCGAUCUGCAGUUUGCCCACAUCUCGUCGAAGGUCCUGCUGGGUAUCAUCGACAAAGUCUCGCUACAGGUUCACAAGGUGGACGUCGUCAACGAGAAAGUGGUUUGUACGCUUCUGCUGAAGAUCAACGAUCCCAUCGAAACUCACAUUCCAGUGUGCGAUAAGAUUAGCUGGUGUCCGUACCUUUCGGGCAGCGGGUUCGUAGAUGAUUACGCCAGUCAGCUGUUGGUGUGGACCCGCGGGGGUUCGUUCCAGUGCUACAGCAUUGGUACCGUAAUCCGUAGCUACGGGACUGGAGAGCUUUCCGGAAGUGAUAUUUCUGAUGGUGGGUUCAAAUUCCGGGAAACUCUCCCGUUGAUAACCGGAGCGAUAUUUUCGGCCGACGGAACAACCCUGGCGAUAAGCUGUGAAGAUGGAGUUAUUCGGUUCUACCAGGUCUACCAGCAUACUAACGAUAACAAUCCGCGAUGUUUACACCAGUGGAAGCCCCACGAAGGAAAAUCUAUAAGCAGCUUCUUUUUCUUGGAUAAUUACACCGAGGAGAGUGGAGAUCAAACUCUUUGGAAACACGCCAUCACCUGUGCGGACAACAACACAGAAAUCAAGAUUUGGUCAUGCGAAACCUGGGAGUGUACUCAGACGAUCAAAUUUGCUCCCUCAAUCGAUCAACCCUUGAACUUCAUCGCGGACAUCGAUGCCACCUCGUCCUACCUAAUCCUAGCGGAUAUGGUUACCCGAGAACUGUACGUGCUCCAAAUACGCAAAGAAGCAUUCCGAUCGGGGAAUGGGGAAUCCAUAACUAAUGGAAAGUCAUCGGAGGACAGCUAUAACGGCUCCAAGACUGGCGACAGUAAAGAACAAAACACCACCAUGGCGUCAACCGUCAGUUCGACUACUUCCGGUUCGAAUACGGUUCCGGUCACUAAGGCAGUUGUGUCGUCGGUAGCGGAAUUUCCGCUGCCCUCGCCGAUAUUGAGUUUCGGCAUUUUGAAUGUUGCAGUUCGCAAGAUCAAAACAAGUGAUGCGUAUUUAAUCGAAGCACUGGACGAUUACGAAGAAGAAGAAAACAGUGCCCUGUUUAGUGUGGUCAGUGUGGUGAUCCGAAUGUAUCUCGUCCAACCGAAAAGCGUUCAGGAGUGCAUGCUCUUUUACCAACCGAGUGUGCCUCUUGGUACCGAGGUGCUUAGCACUCUCUCCAGCAAUAGCAGCGGUUACCGCAAUAUUUCCCACAAUUCAUCCGGGUCUCUCAGCUCUAUGAAAAAGGAAGAUCAGUUGACUACUGCAGCGGAAAUCGCCAAUCGCAGCCUCGGAAGCGAUGGAGAGAAAUCCGACAAAAGUGGCAAUAAAUCGAGCGAAGCAAUACUUACCGCGGAUCUUGGCCGAAUACGGUCACCAAAUGUGACGUUGUCGGCUGCAAUCGCUACCCCUGGUUCCAACGGGGGCGUUGCGAUUGCCGUAGCAGUAUCUGCCACGAAUAGUGCCGGCAGUGUGAGCAGUAGCGCCAGCAAUCCACCAAAGCAACCCCUCAACCUGAUGACACCGGAUUCAUUCAGUUCACCUGCUGAGAAAACGGAUAAACAAAAAACCGACGACACCGUCAAUCCAAAUGUACUCAACACUCUCUUCAUGCUGGCCAGUGUGACCAAGCAGCAACAGCAACACCAAUUGCAAACAUCUGGCGAAUCUCCCAACGAUAGUUUUAAAGAAAAACCAUCCCCAUUGAGUAUGCUGAACAUCGUCAACAGUACCAUGAUUGAAGAGCAGGAACAGGCCAAGGUACGGCAAUCAGUAGACCUGCAGCAAAAAUCUCUUCUGGAAACUCCACCUGUGCCGCCGAUGCCUUCGGCCGAGAUGCUCGCCAGUGGCGGCUCCAGUCCAAGCCGUGAGGUUCAGGAGAUUCUCUCGCUGAAAGAUAACGACUGCUUGAACGAAUAUUACGAUUCGGAUAACGUUUUGUUGGACGAAACCGAUGGAAUCGGUGCCGAGGACGAUGAGCUGAAUGAUUUGGAAAAUGAGAUCAACGAUGAUGACGAUGAAGACGAAGGCUAUAAUUUUAAGAACAUAGAUGACGAUGAUGACGACGAUGUUAUCCAACAACGGAAGGUCAAAGUUACUCAUGGAGAACCGGAAUCGGCUAGAGUCUUGCAUGGACUAUUAGCAGAAAACCUGGAGCAGCUUCCUUCUCAAGAGAAGCUCGUGGAACCAGAACCCACCAACAAUCUCAAUUGGCCAAAAGUACCGAAGGUGCCUCAUCCGCCAUCGCUACAACCUCAACUUCCGCAACCUCCGAUGGUGGUGACGGCGCCGCAGAAGGUCAACGUCACUCAUGGAGAAGCGAAACCUGCUAGAGCCUUGCAUCGACUACUACCGGAGGGGCCAUCGGAUCAACCUCAACCUCCACAACCUCCGUUGAUGGCGACGGUGCCGCAGAACUCCAAACAGCUUGAUGAAGUUACCCAAAAGAUGAAUCGGCUACUGGAUGUCGUCCAAGAGCAGUCACAUCAAAUUUCCGGUCUUCGUUCGCAGAUUCAUGAACUGAACCGGGCUAGACUGGAGGAUGCCAAAUCCCAUCACAAUGAAAUCAACAAGAUUUUCUCAUUGCUACCCGGUAAAUUCAACGAAACCUUUCACAUGGGUAGACUGGCAGGUGAGGAUCGUCUCUCACGAGAAUUGGUACAGAUGCAGACCGUCGUCGUGGAUAAACUGCGCCCAAUCAUUGCCCGUGAUAUGCAAAGCCAGUUGAUACUAAUCGUUGGAACUAAGCUGGACAGCAUGAUGAAGUUACUCCAAAACGAUAUCAAUAACUGGAGGUUGCAUUACAACGACAGGCUGCAGAAGACGAACAUCGAGAAUGUGUGUCGAUCGCAGGCUUUCCUUGAUGCUAUGAAUCAGGCUGUGGAAGCUGGAGUAAAAUCAGGACUCGAGAAACUGUACACAGAUUCCUUGCACAAAAUUAUUUUACCCCAAAACGAGCGCGUUUUGCGAGAGAUAUUCGUCCAGCUUAGUUAUACGUUUGCAACAGGUACUAAGGAAUAUCUACAAAAACUGGAGCAAUAUAUCGGCCAGCAGAAGCAGUUCACCGACCGAACCGAUGAUGUAAUUGAUUUAGUGAAGAAGCUACCCGAUCAAGUGAACACCAAUACUGACCAGCAAUACAAAGCAAGCGCUACAACGUUACGAGAAGACAUGUCACGAGACUUCAAGUUGCUCCAAGUGAACCUUCUGAAGGUGAUCCGGGAAAACAUCCGGCAGGAAAUUGAGAAAGGUCUGGAAGCGCAAGCGUCCUCCCUGGAAGACUCCGUACUCUCGGCGGUGCGAUCGCAAGCACAAACUCCGGCCCCGUCGAGUGUGGACAUUCACGAGCAAAUCCGAUUACUCCUCGCAACCGGACAGAUUAACCAAGCCUUCCACAAAGCACUGAUAUCAAACGAUCUGAGUCUGGUUGAGUUCAUCCUCGAAAAAGCAGAUUACAAACAGGUGUUCAACCCAUGCCCGCUCGAACAAACCGUGCUGUUGUCCCUCAUUCAGCAAAUCUCUGCUGACAUGACAAACUACACCGAGUUGAAAUACAGGUACCUCUCGGAUUCGAUCGUUAUUUUGGACUUUUCGGAUCCCAUCACAAAGGAACACGCACCCAAGGUGCUGCGAGAAUUGACGCAAAACUGUCAGAACUAUCUCAGCUCCAACCCGGGCCAUCCGUUGGCCACCAGCGUGAAGAUGCUGAUGAUUGCUAUCAAGGGUUUGGCGUACAAACAAUUCUGAUAUCAGUGGAAAUAAGGAAGACGCGCAUCAACAAGUCUGAUCUUCCCGGGAAGUAUCUUUCUUCUUUCAAAAGAAUUGACUAUUUUUUAUGGAAACAAAUGCAAUGCUUUCUGACAAAGCAUUCAAUUUGACAAUGUUAUCGAAACUGAUCUCUUCGGGUUUUUUUUUUAAAUUUUUGGAUUUAAAGCACUUUGAUUAAAGAAAAGUGCGAUUUAAAUAAUUUCGGUCAAUUCGAGCUUUUCAUUCAAAGCUAUAAUACAAUGAUGUUCACAAUGCUUCCAAGUAUCUCGCUAUUGUUGUAGUUCGUAAUCAAAUAUUCUUGCAUUUCGUUCGUUACUAUUUGAAUUGCCUCUCCUUCGAUGUUAACAGGAUGGGUGUAAUUUGGCGCGAAGAAAGAUGCCUAUCGAGCAUUGAAUAUAUUUUUUAAAUUACUCAUCCAAUCGAAAUUCAAAACAAAUCUUUUAUUCUGAAUCAAACAACAAUAACAUUCUGAGAAAAAAAAUCGAA